GAAGAUGAGUAGAACCAAUAAAAAACAUAUUUAGUUGUUUCUGAAAGAUUAAACAUAUACUGAUUAAUUUUCAUUGAAAUUUUAAUAAUACAAAUAAACCGUAUUUAAUUAAAACAUGAUGAUGAAUAAAAAAAUCAAUGGCGGAAAUAACUGAUGAAGUGAAAAAUUCUGCUCCUCUAGAGAUUGAUGUAUCAUUUAAUCAUGCUAUUGUAAAAGAAGCUAUCAAAACUAAGUUUUCAAAUCCAAAAAAUAAAAUAACGAACGAAUCAAUUGAACUAGUUUCAGAAAUAGCUAAAGUUUUAGUAACAGAAGCCUUAAUUAGAUCUAUUAAACAGGCAAAAAUGGAAUUUCGAUCGAAAGUUACUAUAGAACACAUGGAAACAAUUCUACCCCAGCUUAUAUUGGAUUUUCCAUAAGGGGGAUCUUGAACUAUCUAUUUUGAUCUAUUUCUGGUAUGGUGUAAAAAUCCAAUAGCUUUAGAUUAAAACUAGUAAUUACCACAAUGUUUGUAUUAUUGAAAUAAUAUAUUUAUUAUCUUUUAUAAUCUGCUAUUUUUUUUAAAUAUCAAGAUUUUAUGUAUAUUUGAAUAUUUUAUAUAAAAAACUUAACCUUUUUAGUCAUGGCAUUAUUACUUGACUCAAAAAUUCAUUUAGGUUUUUUUAUGUUUAUUUAAUAACAAUAUUAACAAUUCUAUAAGUUAUUUUAUUAACUUUGAGGUUAGAAAAAGAAAAACCUAUAUUGGAUAAUCCGCUAAUCUCACAGAGGUAUGAUUAAGAGUGAGGAAGCAGCAAAUAAAAUUGAUAACCCCAUGAUAUGAUAAAAAGUCUUCCUGGAAUGCAUCGUUCUUUGAGGGAUGUAUUUUCAAAGCGGUGGGUUUGAACUAGGCUCAUGUAUUGAGAGUAGUUGCAAUAGCUAUCAGGUAUAAUAACAAUUUAAAUGUUUCCAUAUCAAUACAAAAUCUAAAUUAAAUCGAAAACUGCCAUCUGCACAAUUAGAUAAGGUUUCAAAAGGUAUCAGAUAUUUUACUAGGGGCUUGUGAUUUCAGAACCAAAAUGGUCUAAGUAACAAUUUAAAAAAACGAAUUAAGUGUAAAUUUCGACAGUUCAUCAGGUAAAGUGUGGAAAUGUUAACAUAGAUUUGACUUCUAAUAUCUCCAAAGUAAAAUAUUGUUGCUUAGACCCUUUUGGUUCUUACCCCUUCAUUGUGUUGAUUUAAUUAUAUUCAUUCAGCAACAGCAUACAAAUUCAUGUAUAGCAAUAUGCACAGACUCCUUAUCUACCGUAAAUUCCAUAAAAUUUGCUUAAACCAUACAUUCUUUAGUCCUAGAUGUAAAUCACAUAAAUCAAUUAUGAAGAAAUCAAAAUACUUCCAUAAUUAUAACUAUUAUAUGGGUUCACGCUCAAGGAACUCAAUCUGUGGUUACUGGAAAAAGAAGUGAAAUUAAUAUGAGACUAUCCCCAAUUUGCUUCAAGAGGCCGCUUGACAUGAUUUAAGACAACAUCCAAGAAAUUGCAAUGUGAAUAUAUUACAUAGAGAAAUAUUUGAUUUAAUAUUUGUGUGCGGUUAAAAAAUGAAAAUAACUAAACUAGGUAAAGUCACCAAGAAAAAAGUGGUCAGUGCAUUAUUAGCAGCAAAAAUUAUAUCGUCUGCUACUUUUCUUUUGGAAUAUGAUGGACAGAACAUUCCUAACCUCAAAUUUCAUUUAAUAUUUUGUACCUAGUUUAAGGAAUUUGAAUAAUGCUAAGUUUUACAAUCUGUUUAUUCUUCUUAACUAAAUUUUUCCCUAGAAUUGCAAUUUGCAUGCAAUAAAAUGACAUCUAAAGGUCGCUUGACAUGAUGCAAGACAACUUGCAAUGCACGCAAUAUUUCUUGAUCAAAAGUAUGCGCAAAUGAGUUUCUAAUUUGCUGAUAUUAAGUUUCAUUUUUCUCGGGAGUUUUUUAAAUGUUUCUUCAUCCAUUCCCAACUAAUUUUUCUAUGUUUUAUCGACUAACUCUCUAGCUAAAAUGUCCAUCAGACUCCAAAAGUAAGGCAGAGACAGAUAUAAUUAUUGCCGGUGUUUGAGGUUAGGAAAUUGCUUACUUUUACUUUUGAAAUUUUGAUUAGUGGCAACCAUGAUGCAAUGGUAAGAGACUUGCAAGGAAUUGCAUGCAAUGUCUUGCAUCAUGUUAAGCGGCCUAAACCGAUAAUACUGCAAGUGCAAGAUCUUGCAUAAAACAAUCAACUGAACUUCAUCUGCACAAGCUUUUGAUCAGGAAAUAUUACGUCUUGCAUUGCAUUGCACGUUAAUUUGCUUAAAAUGUUAAAAACUAUAGGCUUUUAAGGUCUGAACCAAAUUUAAAGAAAAUUUAAUUUGGAAUGACUCUGUAUCUUAGAUAAAAAAUAAAUAAAUGCUAACAUUCUA